AUGGCACCCAAAGAGGCGGCGGGGGGGGCGCGCCCGGGGCGCAAAUUGGUGAAGGAGAUCGACGUGUAUGUGGCGAACGACACGUUCGACAAGUCGGCGAACAUCGUAUUACUGCAGUAUCCUCUACGCCCGCCGUGGCGACCGUACAAUGUCCACGAGGCGCGCCAGCUCCGCGUGAAGCCCAAGGCGAACCGCAUCGAGAUCGACGUCCCGGCGGAAGAGGUAGCGACUGGACAGCCGCGUCGAGCGCUCACGCUGCGCUCCGCCCAGACGCACCCAGAGGCUCGACUCGCGCUGGGAGUGCUGUCCGACGACGCUCUCCACUUGGUCCCGGUCGACAGCGUGCACCUCAUGCGCCCGCGCAUGGACGACCUGCCGCAGCUCGAGAAGCAGCCGCAGCCUGGCGCGGACGGCGCGGCAGGGGACGACGCCGCCCAGGUCAAAAGCGAAGACCAGAAGCCGUCGGUGGUCACUGUGCACAUCAGGCGCAGGGAGACUGACCGGCAGCAGGAGCUGCGGCGGAACUCGUACGCGUACAUGGUGCAGCAGGAGGACGAGGAGGCCUGGACGACGGCGGACAUCGCGCAUCCUGGAAGCAGCACCGCCGCCGGCACUCUGCGGCGGCUGCGCGAGCGCCCGACGGGCGCCGCGGUGCGCUCGCUCGGGGCGGCCGAGUACCUGGACGCAAUUGCCGCACGCAACACGGAGCAGUUCGAUAUCAGGCCCGCGGACCGCGUCGCGCCCCCGGACAACGAAGGAGUCGCGGGCGGCCACGGAGCGCCGCGGCCGAGCGGCGCCGAGGACGCCAAAAUGGACGUGGACGCGGUGCCUCCGGGCGGGAUCAAGGCACGGGCGCGCGCCGCCCAGGCCGAAGCAGGCCGCGCGAGCGCCCGCGGCGCGAAGGAGCGCGACGACGGCCUCGCGGCGCUGGUGCGCGAGCACGCGCGGUCGUUGCUCGAGCGCCACCACGUGCUCAUAAUGGAAUCGAUCCGCGAGGGUCUGCGCGCGGCAAAAGACCCCCGCCUGACGUCAGCGGCCAACUCCAUGUCAGACGAGGCGCUGCACCGCGCGGUCACGUCAGCCGCUGGGGCCGCGAAGCCCAUCAUGUACCUGCACAAGCGCUACAUCCUGCCCACUACGCCGGCGUCGCGCAGUGCCGGGUCCCCGGGCCCGGGAGCCGCGUACGAGAAGGCGCGCGCCGUCGUGGUGAGCCUGCUGGAGCAGAACACCACGGUGCGGCGGCUGGAGGUGUUCGAGGCGCUGCGGGCGACCGGGAUGGCGGACCUCGACGAGCCCGUGUACCAUCAGGUCAUGCGCGAGCUGUGCCACUCGCGCGGGUCGCAGUGGAGCCUCCGGGACGGGCUCCCGCAGGAGCUGCUGCGGAGCUGA